UGAGCCAGGGGUUCAAGAUGAUUUCUACAUUAUGGUCGUUGGGGGCGCUCUGCUGUCUGAUGCUGCUCUCAGGCCUGCUGGAGGCCAAAUCUUUGUUGAACGACAUGCAGCAGGAAGAGAUGGUUCCCGUCAGUAACGUCGGGAUCAACUCACAGAAAGCAAACAGCUUUCUGAGUCACUCCAGACCGAAGCGUAACGCGGACCCCAGGUGGUACAGAGGAAACCCAGACUUCCAGUCUUACUACCGCUACUACAGCAGCAUCGGACACACUGAGGGGAUCUAUGAGAUCGACAAGCUGCGGAUGCUCUACCAGCAGAUGAGGUACCUGGAGCAAACCUACGGCCCCGACGCUUCCUACUUCCAGAACAAACUGGGCGUGCCGAUGAUCAUGUGUGACCCGGUUACAGACAAGAAGUGCAAAGUCGCUCUUCCUCCUCCACCCCCAAUGAAAGGAAAGCCCACAGAUCCCCCGCCAACCCCCCCCCCCUCUCCCUCAGCUCCACUCAUUUCCCAGGCUGACGUCCUGUACCUGUGCAACAAGAGGGACCCCCUCUGUAAGCCCCACAUCGUCUACAUGCCCACCGGCUCCGUGCCUGUGCUCUGCGACCCUCGCUACCACCCCCACUGCACCCCCCAGAAAGCUUCCGUCGAAGUGCCCCCACCUCCUCCACCUCCUCCACCACCUCCACCAAAGAAGUCCGCCCCACCUCCACCUCCAGUCCUCGUCAAGAAGUCUCUCCCGGCCCCCAUCCGCACCUUCAAGGGCAUGGAGUACGACUGUGACCCCUACUGGGACCCCGACUGCCUGAUUGACCACCCACCCAGGACCAUGAAGGGGAAGAUCGUGGUUGCACCGCCGCCGCCGCCACGUCCUCCUGUGGAGGAGGAAAAGAAAGAGGAACCAGUGGAGGAGAAGGCCCCCCCUGCUCUCAUCGAGAAGAAAGUAAACAUGUACCCUUACCCUUACUUCUACCCCAAGCCCUACAACCCCAUGGAUGAUCUGUACGACCCGGCACGCUUCCAGUACCCGCAGCCCGCUGCUGCCGCCGAUGAGCCCGCAGAGUCAGGCCACAGUCAGUGAAACAUCCAGGAUGUGUUGGAGGAAAGGAAAUGAAACAGACUUUGAUUGAAGUUGAACAUUUUCAUAUUUUGAGGGAUUUUAACAUCUUGCAAAUGUGCUGUCAUGGAACACAACCUGUACACAAGCAUUGCAAAGCUGCAGUAUUUGUUUAAACCUUUUACAUUGACAACUGUUCAUGUGUUUACCAUCACUGUCAGCCACUAAACAAGACAACACAAGCAUGUAAUGCAAAUUGUUUUUGACGAA